ACAUAUACACACACACACAGAUACACGUAUACACACAGAUACACACAUACACACACAGAGAGACAGAUACACGUAUACACACACAAACACACAGAGAGAAAGACGUACACACGCGCACACACACACAGAUACACGUAUACAGGCACGCACGCAUACACUUUUUCUAUUGUGAAGAAUAACCACAGGAGUCUAGAAAUUAUGAGAAUAAGCAGUUUUAGACAAACGCGUGGGCUAUACACAUACACAAAGAGAAGAGGGAAAUGCUUUCUGGUACAGAAAGACCAACAAACUGCUGUUAAUCAAUUGUUUUAUUCUCCUUUCACCAUAAGUUUUGGACUGAACAGCACACCGAUGAGCGACGGGAGCGUUUUUUGACCUUCCCCGGGAUUUUAAUACUGCAAGAGCCGUAGAAAUAGAAUGGCUCGGAACCGAAUAAAUGUACGCCUAUAGCCUAUGGGGCGCACAAAAUACUGUAAAGCACAGCUGCCGCCCAAGCAGGAUUGGCUCUGUGAGGCGGCAGCCCUCCCGGACGUCUCUGUGCCUCGGAAGUUUGAUAAGAACAGCGUGCCUUUUCUAUUAUGCUGCUGUAGAUGGACAAUAAUUCCCAUUGGCACCAUUGUUAUUUGAGUUUUUGGACCACAAAAUACGGUGCUUGAAUGCCUGGUGAAGUUUCCAGUUGGACACGUGGUUUUUUUCUUUUAAAACAGGAAUCGUUUUGGCCGGGAGGCGGAGGACGGCCUCGCUGCAGUAAAGAGCGUCGGACAGCGCCGUUAUCGCCGGGUUCGCUUUGUUUUGUUCCUUCAUCGUGGCAUUUUUGUUUCGCGAUCGUGAUCGGAUACAAUUCUCCUGUCAGAAAGACCCCGUCGAUCCUCGUUACGUACUCAGUUUGAAGAGGAGUUACGGCUUGUCUUAGGAAAAAACGCCGGCUGAUUUAACUGGGCUUUAACUGUUAGACUACCGGGAAAGUCGCGUACAGUCGUGGUCAGCUGCUGAACGGUUGUCGGAUGGGAAAGGCUCUGUUCUUAGCUUUGCAGUUUCACUCUUUCAAUAAAUAAGAGUUUUCUGUAUAAUCGCUUUCCUGCGGCCCAGUUCCGUCGUGGAGAAGCGGCCGGGAGAAUAAUGGGUGGCUGGAAGUUUCCCUCUGAGAUCUCUGCUCUGAAUGUGGUACGGCUGUCCUGGGACAUCCUGCAUAAAAAAUACAAUAGUGGAAACGCAAGAAGACAUACACACUGGCACCUGGACAGUUCUCCGUAUUGCCAACAUUAGGACAUUUUGAGGCCAAAGAAAGAGCAAUCUCUCAGGAUGAGAUCCAAGGCGGAGGCUCUCAGGAUGAGAUCCAAGGCGGAGGCUCUCAGGAUGAGAUCCAAGGCGGAGGCUCUCAGGAUGAGAUCCAAGGCGGAGGCUCUCAGGAUGAGAUCCAAGGCGGAGGCUCUCAGGAUGAGAGGAGCUGUUUGUUGUGUUUUUUUGCUUUUCUUUGAGGAUUGUUACUGCAUUUAUUAAUAAUAGUCCACGUAAAUCUUAUGGAUUAUUCCUGUAAAUGGAGAGAGUGAUGUUUCCUUUGCCUGGGCAGCUGCGGGCUGUAGUCUUCAGUGGGCUCACAUUCUGCACUUUGAAAUGACCUGCUAUAAAAGUGCCUAUGAAACAUUAUCUUUAGGCCACCUGAUUAUGGAGCUUCACUGGGGUGUGGAAAGAGGACUCCUCCUGUGUUGGUGCAGCUUAAUUUGUCUGCAUUUCACCACAUUAAAUAUCUUUUACGUGGUCCCCCUUUUAAAGGAAUAGAUGUGGAGGUGCACCGAUUCUAUUUUUCCAAUGCUGAUACAAUCCGGAUCCAUACCAAAGCUCUAGUAAAUACAAAUUAAAACAUGUACGCCAAAAAAUUCUGUAAUUAGGCCACUAGAAACAUACAUAACGUACUGUUCCACCUUGUUUGUACAUGUUGUUUUAAGCAUUUUGAGGUAUUUGUAGUUCUGUAAUUUGAAUAUCUUCCAAGUGAGGAUAAACGAGAGGUUAAUACUUAAAAUGCCCACCGUGUUUCUCCCACUGACAACAGCAUGACUUACACUUCUCUGUCAUUCUCCCACUGGCUACAGCGUGACUUACACUUCUCUGUCAUUCUCCCACUGACAACAGCGUGACUUACACUUCUCUGUCAUUCUCCCACUGGCUACAGCGUGACUUACACUUCUCUGUCAUUCUCCCACUGACAACAGCGUGACUUACACUUCUCUGUCAUUCUCCCACUGGCUACAGCGUGACUUACACUUCUCUGUCAUUCUCCCACUGGCUACAGCGUGACUUACACUUCUCUGUCAUUCUCCCACUGACAACAGCGUGACUUACACUUCUCUGUGAUCGCAGCCCCUCGUGUAUCACAAGCUGUAGCGUGUGUGCAAAACAGCUCAACCUAGUGACUCCUAGAUCAUCUAUUGCUUUUUUCAUAUUACUUUUAUUGUCUUGCACGAUUGCGUGCAGUUUAUUUCGUGGGUUUUGACAUCACAGCAGGCGAAAGUCACUGCACUCACACUCACUGAGUGGCAAAUCGUGAGUGGCAGCGUUAGCGUUCAGCUUGAAUGCCGCAAAAACAUAGAAAAUGGGAAAGAGCCGUCAUGAAAUUGUUUGUAUAAAACGAUUUAACAAAAAAUAGGAGUUAUCUUUUGACAGGCUACCGAAAACUAAAAAAAGUAAAUAUUGGACAUAGAUCGGUUACAAAUGGCUGAUAUCCGAUCUGUCUAAUAGGUUUGGAUCAGUGCCGAUAAAGAUCCUGAAUAUGGGAUCGGUGCACCUCUAAAUAGAUGUUUUACUUUAUUAUAUGAGGACACAUCCAAGCGUAGUAAAAAUGCAACGCACCACCAUGAAAUAGCAGUAAGAUAAAUGAGGACUCUGAGUACCCCGCCGAUGACAGCUCAUUGUGCUUGGCAGGCUUCUCCUCGCUGUCCACUGCUCGCAGUUUCCACUGUGUGAUUGUUGGUCAGCUGGGAUCACUCGCACUCAUUUCCUGGAUGACGAGUGGAGACUGUGGAAGUGCUUCUAGUCCCAUAUGGACAGCUGUGGUCUGCUCCUAUCUCUGGAAGCCUGUCUGAGCCGGGCCUCAGCCCACCGGAAGCAGCCUCACAGGAAGUCCACGUAAAGAUAGUUGAGCUGCCUGGUGUCUGGCGCUGCCUUGCCCGAUAUGAGCGCGGCUGUCUUCAGCUCCCCAGGUUUCCGCUGCCAUUCUGCCCAGUAGCUCAAUAGCUGCAGGCCUCUGGAUGUCCUCCAGAUUGUUCAGCGCUUCAUGGGGGACGCUACAGUCACCUCACAUAUUCGGGAGGAAAAUUGCACCAUCAUCAUAACGGUUGGAGUGUCAGCGAUGCCCGCUGAUAUCUGUGGCUUUCGGAAUGUGGUUAUGCUGCUGCUCCACAUGCACCGUUUGUGAAGUAUUACUGUUACAGUAGCGCAGCAGCCAAAUGAUGCAGGUCUCACAAACAGCGUUAAAGCUGUUUCAGCACCAAGCUGUGACAGUAACCCUACAAUGUAUCCCAAACCCCUGUUAUAUCACCUAUUCCUGGAUGUAGCUGUUUGUCCUAAGCCUGGUAUAAAUAGCUUGCUUACACCAGCUAACAAAUGUGAAACCUGUGUUUUGCUGUUCUGAACCCCUUUGCCGAAUGGCUGUCUGGGUGGUUGUUCUUCCUCACUCCCCCUUCACAAACUUGGCUGUCUGGGUGGCUGUUCUGCCUUCCACCCCCUUCCGAAUGACCUCCUGGGUGGCAGCACCUUUGUGCUUGGGCUGCCAGCCCAAGAUGACACUCAGGGCAAUAAUCAAUGGUGGCGAAUGGCUGCCUGGGCGGCGGUUCAGCCUCUCUCCUGAAAUGUAGGUGUAAGUCAGGGGUGGCAAAGUGCCGGUGUGUAUGCAGGUUUUCAUUGCGACUCCCUAAUUAGCUUACUAAUUAGAUGACUAAUUGGCUGAAGAGUCGUCACACCUGGGUGUGAACAGUUGAUCUAAAGGUUACCCCAAAAACCUGCACACCGGCCCUUUGCGGAUGAGAUUGGCCACCCCCGAUGUAAGUGGAACUUUUGAUGUUGCUUUGGCCCAUCCUCACCCUCUUCCCACUGCUGGGAAGGUGGCUUUGAACUUGAUGACUGCACCCUGCCACUCCACCCGCCAUUACGACCCUUUGUGGCAUUUGUGUCACCAAAGACCAGCCCAGAGGAAUAAGCUCUUACACCUUGGGAAUGGGCAGAGGGGUUAGAAUGCAAAGCAGGUGUGACCCACUUGGCUUGGUUCCCAUAGGUGUGACCAAAUUGUUUUUUUUUCUUUAAUGUGGUUUUUGAGGUAUGUGAAGCUUUUGUUUGAAGCUGGAUAUAGGCAGGAGGCAGUAAGGGGAGGUUGCUGCUGGCGAGUGAGGUGUGAGCUUGGCCCACUUCGGCAUCGGAAUGCUACACGCUCUGUGGUGACGGUGCACGGCUGGGGCUAAACGCUACGCGCUCUGUGGUGACGGUGCACGGCUGGGGCUAAACGCUACGCGCUCUGUGGUGACGGAGCACGGCUGGGGCUAAACGCUACGCGCUCUGUGGUGACGGUGCACGGCUGGGGCUAAACGCUACGCGCUCUGUGGUGACGGCGCACGGCUGGGGCUAAACGCUACGCGCUCUGUGGUGACGGCGCACGGCUGGGGCUAAACGCUACGCGCUCUGUGGUGACGGCGCACGGCUGGGGCUAAACGCUACGCGCUCUGUGGUGACGGAGCACGGCUGGGGCUAAACGCUACGCGCUCUGUGGUGACGGAGCACGGCUGGGGCUAAACGCUACGCGCUCUGUGGUGACGGAGCACGGCUGGGGCUAAACGCUACGCGCUCUGUGGUGACGGAGCACGGCUGGGGCUAAACGCUACGCGCUCUGUGGUGACGGCGCACGGCUGGGGCUAAACGCUACGCGCUCUGUGGUGACGGCGCACGGCUGGGGCUAAACGCUACGCGCUCUGUGGUGACGGCGCACGGCUGGGGCUAAAUGCUACGCGCUCUGUGGUGACGGCGCACGGCUGGGGCUAAACGCUACGCGCUCUGUGGUGACGGAGCACGGCUGGGGCUAAACCCUACACGCUCUGUAGUAAUGCCACACAGUUGGAGCUGAACCCUAUACGCUCUGUGGUGACGCUGUACGGAGGGCCUGUGCCUGCCAGUAGAGGGCAGAACUGCGCCUUCCUGCACUCCGCCUGUGUCUGUGCCUUUCCUCUACAAUGUGGCUCUUUCUCCUGAGCUGAAUGUCCAGCAGCUGCAGUUUAUGACCCGACUGUCCCUCCUGUGGUGAGGACUCUUGAUUCGGCAUGCUUUCUGGGGCCAGGCUUCAGCUCCUGCUUCAUUUGGUUGAUGGGUGUGGAAGGAAUCUGGUUUCCUAUUGCCGUAGGUUUUAGUGACCUCCUCCUAUCCAAUGAGGGGAGCAGCGAGAGCAGCCGCAGGAAGUAUUAUGGAUGGAUGCUGCCAUGCUGUCACUGAGGGCCAUGCUUUCAGGUCCUCACUCAGGUCCUCACUCAGGCCCUCGUAGGGUCUCCGUCUAGGCAGGUAACUCUCCACGUCUGCAGCUUCCGGGCCUGCAAACAGCCCCAGCCUUUUCAUCUUCUGUCCAUCGGUUGGAACACAGGCCACCUCUGUCUCUUUCUCUCUCCUCUCUCCCCUCUUGUUUCGCUUCCUCCUCCUUUUCUUCAUAGCCGCAGGCUGCUUAUCUGCGUGCUGACUGGAGGGUUGGAAUGUCGGGCUAAGCCGCCUUAGCAAGCGUGGACAAGUUUGGCCCAUGAGUUGAAGCAGGCAUCCAGAGAGAACAAGAGACGCAAACAGACAGACGCAGACAGAGACAGACAGAGGGCUGUUAUGAUCCUGUGUAAAGUCAACAGCAUGCUGUAGAGUAAGAACAAGGGCACAGCUUCAUGGUAAAACCUUCAAAAUGGAGACCUUGUCACCUUUACAAAAUUGGCCAGAGGAGCUCCAUGUGGGUGAGGGUGUGACUGACACUUUGGCAGGCAUGGAGGGUCUGAUGCGGAGCCGACCCGAAUAUGGGAGGCAGGCACACCAGUGCUUCCAGAGCACCCCUCUGGACCUGAUCGAGAUGGAGAAAGGACUGAAGGUCCAGUCGGAGCUCCCCCACCUGGUCAGUCUUGGAAGUGGCCGCCUCAGCACUGCGGUCACUCUAAUACCUCUGCCUGAAGGCCAUACCUCGCUGGGCAGUGGACCCGGCAUGGACAUCAGCAUCCAGGGUCCUGGCGUGGAGGCGCAGCAUUGCUUCAUUGAGAACCGGGCAGGGAACAUCACACUGCAUCCCUGCGGUACCCAGUGUGCAAUUGACGGGCUGGUCGCCUACACUCCUGUGCGCCUCUCGCAAGGCUGUAUGCUGUGCCUUGGUCAAUCAGCCUUCUUUCGCUUCAACCACCCUGAAGAGGCUGACAGGAUGAAGAGCAUGAUUUUGGAUCGGGACCGAGGGGUCCGAGCACAAGCAGGUGCAGAGAAUAUCGUCACUGGGAACAGUCUGUUUCUGCCAGCAGCCUCCUGUGAGAGAGCUCCCCAUGGCAAGGACUCUUUGGAGAGGGACCUGCAGGAAAUCAUGGACACCCUGUCGUCCCCUGUAGGCCCCACCGAGCUCUCUCUGAGCAAUGCGGUUCGGUAUUUAAGGUCCCCCCCCAGGAGCCCGCCAGUGAGCUACAGCAAUAAUAACAGCUCCGCCCCUUCGCCCCAACCUUUCUCCUCCCCGUCGUCAGUGGACGGCUCCAACUAUAGCCCCCCCCGCUUGCCCCUGGUGUCGACUCGCUCUUCCAGCCACCAUUAUACCUCCCAGGGCCCCCCGAGCACACCCCCCCACAAUCAGUUGUAUUUCCCUUCCUUCUUGGGAGGUGGUGGUCCCAGAGACCCACCUAAACUGACUGGCACAGGAGCACUGCCCCCCCCCAGCCCCUCACGAUCGCCCCGCUCCCCCCGGGUCCCCCAUCCUGCACUGGAGUCCACCGUGCCUACUGCCCAGGGACAGCCCAGUGGUGGAGGAGUUUGGGAGCUGUCCCCCCCCAGCCCACCCCUUAAUAGGUGGCUGCCGCAAAGCCCCGGGCAGCAUCGCAGACUGGCUGGGUGCCGAGAGCGCAGCCCGUCCCCAACGCCACCGGGCUGUUUCUGCAGCCCCUCCCCUCUCGCCGCCCCCAAUGGGCACCAGCAGCCAAGGCUCCCCCUACUGGGUGGGUGGGAAAGUAAAGGCAGAAUCGCUGAGGUCAUCGACAGCGAGAGCGACCUGCUGGCAUACCACCAGCGGCAACACGAUGAGCGGCUGCAGGAGCAAGAGGCGGAGAGGCUGGAACGCCAGCGUCUUGAGACUAUCCUGAACCUGUGCGCCGAGUACAACAAGGGAGAUCCGGGUGUAGCUGAGGAGGUGAAAGCCGGCUUUCCACUUGCCUGCAGCAGGGGACCCUGCGUGGAUGCGGGGGACGGUGUGGAGCAAACACAGCCAGAGAGCGAUGAGGAGAACCUCAGGGAGGAGAGCAGCAGCACAGAAAGCACCCACCAAGAGUGCGAGGACCCACUGGAAUCUGGGUCCCCAGAGCUGGGAGACCUAGAAGAAGAACGAUUGCGAGUCCUGGCCCAGGUGGACAAGCUGAAGAACCGGGUCACGGAGCUGGAGAAGCAGCUGCAGGAGUCCCAGGAGAAGGCAGAUCUGGAGCAGGCGCUGCUACACAGGGAGCGGCAGGGGGAGCUAGAGCGGGCAGAAGCAGAGGCCCAGGCCAUCGCACAGCUGCAGUGCAGGCUGAGCGAGUUGGACGGUGCCAUCCAGGGCGAGAAAGAAAAGGGAAGGGCGAGUGUCGAAUCAGAUCGGCAGGCACUGGAGAGUCUGCGCAGGGGCUUGGCAGAGCUGCAGAGUCAGCUGCACGGGUGCCCCGAGUCCCUGAGAGAACAGCUGCAGGAGCGACUGAAGCGGGAGUCAGAGCUCCUGGACUUGGAGACGAAGCGUUUUGAGGACCUAGAAUUCCAGCAGCUGGAGAAGGAGAGCAGCCUGGAGGACGAGCGGGAAACUCUGAGUCAGAAGCUGCUGCAGGAGCAGGCCGAGUACCAGAGCAGCCUGGCCCACAGAAAGGAGAAAGUGGCGGCACUGGAGAACCGGGCCAGCAGCCGCGGGCUGGAGGCGGCCCAGGAGUGUGAGGGGCUCAGCCAGGAACGGGACCACACCCUCCAGCUACUAGACAAGGAGAAGGAGAGGUUCUCUAGCCUGGAGAAAAGGUGCCUGAGUCUCAACAGAGGAACAAAUUUCUCUAAAUGUUCCUCUACCAAGAAUGAGGAAGUGCUUCAUAUCAGCGAGAGUGACCUGUCAGAUGAAUUCCACUCCCAGAAUUUCCUCUGUCCGCCUGCUGAUGCAGUCAUAGGCCCUUCCUCAUCCUCCUCUCUGAGCAGGCCUCGAGAGGAUCAUGCAAGGAUGCCAGAUGUCUGUAGGACGUACGGGGGUGAUGGGCAUGACUCCCUCUCUGCCUGCCCACCUCAGCCCUGCUUCCCCCUUCCUCCCUCUGAGAAGGAGUACAUCACUGUCGGACAGCUGAGGCAGAUCUUUGGGAUGCCGAAGGCGGAUGCCCCCGCCAGCCCACUCGCCCCAUCAUUCCAGCACUCUGCUUCCUGUCGCACAGCUUCACCUGGCUUCUCUCCCUCCCUGUCAUUUGAGUGUGACUGGGUUAGACCUGUGAUGCCCUCUCCGGAUUUAGAGUGGUGGUUCCAGGUGCUCAUGGCUACUGGGGAGGAUGUUCCUCCCUGCCCCCCGCCUCUCCCAGCUAAAUCUCUUUUCUCUGCCCGGUCACUGCAGGUGUAUCAAGGGCAGACAGGAUCUUCAGUGCAAUACAACUCAGCCACUCUGGGACGUAACCGUACAGCUAAGAGCCCCCUGGUGGCCUCUAGCAACACUGGCAGCCUUCCACGAAACCUGGCCGUUACCCUGCAAGGUAUCGAGGCCAAGAGGCAGCUGGCCUUACAGCAGAAAGGGCAGCAGGUAAUCGAGGAGCAGCGGCGGCGGCUAGCUGAGCUGAGGGAGCGUGCUGCGCUGGAAGCACAGUGCCAGUGGGAGGCGCUGCGCGGGUCACAGUCCCGGCUUGACGCCCCUCCCCUGCUGCCUGGGCCUGCUGGGAUACAUCACUCUAUCCUGCACCACCGGCACCCCUCGAUGGGCGAGAGGCCAUACGACACAGUGAGCCUGGAGAGCUCCGACAGCCUGGACACCAGCAUCUCCACUGGUGACAGCUCCUUCCCUCCAGACACCUUCUCCAGUGCCAGCAUGAUGGACACCCUGCGGAUGGAGGAGAUGGAAAGGCUGCUACGAGAGGCCCAGCUAGAGAAGGCCAGGCUCAUCGAGAGCCAGGUGAGGGAGAGCCAGGCGAGGAGUGAGCUGCUGGAGGAGGAGCGCAGGAAGCGGGAGGAGGCGGAGAGGAGGCUAGAGGAGGAGAUGAUGCUGAGACAGCAGCUGGUGGAGAAGGAGGUGAAGAUGAGGGCCAGGAAUCUGUCUCAGGCACGUCCCAUGACCCGCUACCUGCCCAACCGCAAGGAGGAAUUAGACCUGCGCUCGCAUAUCGAGUCCGCCGGCCAUAACCUCACCAGCUGCUAUGACUUGAUGCUCACCGAGAAGAUGUGCAAGGGCUACCUGGUCAAGAUGGGUGGCAAAAUCAAGUCGUGGAAGAAGCGCUGGUUUGUCUUUGACCGCAUGAGGAGGACCUUCUCCUAUUAUGUGGACAAGCACGAGAGCAAACUAAAGGGAGUCAUUUACUUUCAAGCCAUUGAGGAAGUCUAUUACGACCACCUACGCAGUGCCACCAAGAAAGGAUUUUUCAACCUGAAUUUUGCCAAUGUAUGUAUCACAGCCCAGAGCCCGAAUCCUGCGCUGACCUUUUGUGUGAAGACACACGACCGGCUGUACUACAUGGUGGCUCCAUCCUCGGAGGCCAUGCGCAUCUGGAUGGACGUCAUAGUAACGGGCGCUGAAGGGUACACACAGUUCAUGACCUGAGAGCACCUCAGACUUUGAGGCUGCAACAGGUCGCAGACUCAGUAUGGACUCUGCAGGAGACCUGCUUUUCCAAGGGUCUGAAACCCCAUUUUAGGAAAAACCUUAUUUCUAUUUUGUUCGUAACACUUCUGUAAUUUUAAAAAAAAAAGUGUCAAUUUUUGCCUGGGUGAAAAAAAGUGAGUUCAAAUGAAAUUAAAAAGUAAAAAAGUAAAAAGUAAAACAGUUGCCUUAACUGUCACGCAACACAAAACCGCAACAACAAAACAUUCCUUAAUGAAAAACAACAUAAUCCACCAAAUAUGAUAUGAACUCAGGGAUCAUCUCCGUUGCCUUAAAGAAUGGUACAAGUUCUAAGCAAUAAAUGGGAUUUUGCUGUCUGAGAAUGUUACCAGUGAGCAGGUUUAAGUAUGCAAGCAGAUCCAGAUGUAAUGCAGUCCUUGGGCCAAAAGUUGAACUUUGACCCUUUUCUUGAUGCUGAAGCAGCAUUGCAUUUCUGGCAGUCUAUAGGAAUUUAUAUACCAGGUGUAUGAGAAUGGUACUUGGCAGUGCUGUAGCUAUGCAAUUCAUGCUUGUAUAUGGUAGUUUGUACCUUUCAUGUCAUGAUGAUUGCUCCAAGUAUUUGACUAAAGCUUGCGUAAAGUCUGCUGGGAUAGUAGUAUUUUUUACAUGUAUAUGAGGUUCUUUUAUAAUCAUGUUUGUUGACUUUGAGCAGAUUUGUGUGGCCCUUGUUAAGGCGAACUGGAUGUUUGAAUGUGAAGCUACAUGCUUUGCAGGAGAAGAUCAGCUGGGGCCGUCUGAAGCUCAUGCUUAGGAAAACAUUAUACAUAUAUGCAAUAUAAAUCUGUCUUAGCUUUUAAAUUUGAAUUUAGUACCAACACUGUCUGGGCACAGUUUUAAAUGUUGUAUCAUCUGAACUCCUCUCCACUAGCUUGUGCACACAAGUGAAAUUGCUUUGUUACUUUAUUACACUGAAUUACCAAUUCACAUGCCUCUGUCCACAGUGAAAACACAAAGGGAACGUUGGUUAAUCUGCUAAAUUAAUAUGAAUAAUAUCAACUGCCAGAAUGUUAAAUGGUUUCCCUGAAACACCUACGUCUGUCGGGGUAGAAUAUUGGCUGCUAAAACGAUAUCAUUUAGUUAACUGUGUUUAAGUACGAAGUCUUGAGGACCAUUCAAAAGAUGUUUUUUUUUUUUUUUAAAUUGAGAAUGUAGUAGCAUUAAAAUCAAUAAAAUAAA